AAAUCUAGAUGCAUGCACGGAAGUUAGGUUUCAGUACAAGAGGACACAGGUGGUUUGAUGCUAGGCUGUGCCAGGUUAUUGUCUGUCAUCAAGCUGUAACAGUAUGACAGAGGCUGCUUUGUGGAGGAAAACCUAAAGUGUGAACGGGUGGAAAAGGUCUGAAAAGUCAACAUACCAAAGUGCCUGAAGUUGGACAGGUGAAAGCCAAGGAUGGGGACAAUCCCAAAUGACAUUAGGAGGCUUUUGGAUGACUGUGAGCUGUUUGUAGGAGAGAUCCUUCAAGACGAGGACCUGAGUGUAAGUGCCCAGGAGACACGGAAAGUCUUACUGAAUAACUUCGCGGUCGUCCAUCGAGGAAACCCUCAAGAAUUCCCUUUCCCAUCAUCUGACUUUAGAGACGAAGAUGGUUCUGAUGACAACCGCAGUUCCAGUCUGGGUCGCUCCGCCCCAUCAGACGACGCCUCUGACUACCAGGAUGAUGGAAACCCUGAGUACUUUGGUGAUAUUCCCCCUGUGGCAGCCCAGGACCUUGGCAACAUCUUGAAGCAAGGCUUCCUGGAAAAGAAACGACGAGAUCACAGUUUUUUCGGCUCCGAGUGGCAAAAGAGAUGGUGUGUUCUGAACAAUUCAAUAUUUUACUACUUUGGAAGUGAUAAAGAUAAGCAGCAGAAGGGCUCCUUUCAUAUCAUCGAUUACAGCGUGCAGCUCGCCACCAACCUGAGGAAAGACUCCAAAAAAAUGGCCUGCUUUGAGCUCUUUUGUCAAGGACGGCGGGUUUUUCAGUUCACUGCCAGCAGUCCUCAAGAGGCAAAGGAAUGGGUGGACCAAAUCCAUUUUGUGCUUCGAGAUCUCCGCUCCACCGCCAUCCCUUGCGAUGAUGACGAGGAGGAGGAAGGUGAGGGGGAGGAAGAGGAGACCUAUGAUGACAUUGAUGGGUUGACCGGCCCUCAACCCGGUCCUUUCCAGGACCAUGGGCAGGAGACGGGGGAGGUCGAAGAGGAGGAUGAGGAUAUCUACGAGGUGCUGCCAGACGAGGAUUUCCCAGAUCCGACAGAUGAAAGCAGUGAGAAGAACAGCAAAUCAGAUUACGCUAACUACUACCAAGGUUUAUGGGAUUGCCUGCCUGACGAGCCGGACGAGCUGAGCUUCCAGAGAGGAGAUCUCAUCUACAUCAUUAGCAAGGAGUACAAUAUUCACGGCUGGUGGGUUGGCGAGCUGAACGGUGCUGUGGGGAUCGUCCCCAAGGACUUCAUGCACCCUGCCUACAUCCUCUGAGCUCCAACAGCACUGUUACUGACGCCGGCCAUACAUUUCAGAGUCGGCCCCUUCACAUUAUCUAUUGUUAUUUGAAAAGUAUUUUCUCUCAUAAGACUAAGUUAUAUCAUGAGGAUGUGCUGCCGUAGUACUUAUUCCUGUACACUUAAAAUCACUUAUAAACGUUUUUCCUACAACAUUAAUGUUCAAACUCAAGCUAAAACAAGUUGACCAAUCAGUUUCUCAAUGAACAGAAAAUUAAGCGGCACACAUUUUGAUUGUUGAAGUAAUUUAUAAGGAAAAGCAAAUUUGUUUUAUAUAAUUAUAAAUGUAAUAUAUUUGUGUUGUACUAAAGAUGGGACAAAGAAAAUAAGUUUUGAGUUUACAUUGGGCUCUGUUAAAUUGGGAUUUUUCAUAAACUUAAUAAAAUGAUCUGAAAAAUAACUAAAUGAAAAGAAGUGUUAGCUCUGGUGAUAAUUGUUUUUUUGUUUGUCAUUUAUCAAGAAAAGCUCCUAAAAUGUCCAUUUUCUUUGAUUUAUAUCAGUAUAACUUUUAUAUAUUUGUGAUUUUGACUGCCGUUUUGGCAUAAAAGUAAUUUGAAGCAUGGGAUCUUUUAAUGGGGAUAUUUUUCAUAACUAAACAGUUAUUUAUCACAGUGGUAAAUACAAAUUAAAAUGAAAAUAAUUGUUGGAUGCAAUCCUGAAUACUAAUGUAUCAAUUAACUGUUUAAAUUGAGAACUGUGUAAAUUGUUGAUUCUCAUUUUUCGGAUAGAGGUUAAAAAAUAUCAGAUGUGAUGUACAAUAUGAAUAAUGUUUUAAAUACAUUGUACCCAGACUUUAAAGCCUUUCCUUCUUGUUUGAUCUCUUCAGUGAAGUCUGUGUGGUGGGUUAUUCAACUGUUUCAUUUUCAGCCACUAGGCGGCAGGAUUGCUCCAAUAUCUUGUCUUAAAACCAUAAGAGAUGUUUUGUAAAACAUGUAAAAUCAGUAACAUUAAACCACAGAAAAAAAACAUUCAACACAGUUAAGAAGAAAAACUAUUUAUUUGAAAUAAAAUGAUAUACAUGGACACAGUCACUCAGGGUUUCAUAGUGGCCCUUGUAGAUCCAUGUUAUAAAAUAGGUCUCCUGCAUAGGGCAAACAUUCUUUUAAAAAUACAAAUUCUUAAAAGCAGCUUUUGAAAAAAAAAAAACCUGCACUCAUUGACAGUGUAGAACAAACAAUGAAAACCAGUCAUCUAUUAUCCACCUAGACAACAAAGGAUGUGUGACAAGGCUUAAUUCUCUGUGCAACCACACAAAACUCUGGGUCCCUUUUAAACAAAUGCAACGGAAUAAAAUCACCAGCAGCAGAAUUGCUCGACAACAACGUGGAAAACGUACAUCCAUACUCUUAGAAUGUAUGCUGUGAUUAAACAAACUAUAACCCAAAGAGCAGUGUAGCCCAUAAAUACACUUGAAACACACCCUGCCAGACUAACAAUACAAAAGCUUAGUGAGUGUAUCUGUUGUGAGUUUUGAACAUUAAACAAAUUCAGUGAAAGAGCAGAAGUCGUACAGAAAUGACACAAACAUUGAAUAAACAUUCUGGAAAUCUAAAACUGUCAAGUUGUCAGUGACUAUUGCACAGGGGUUCAAAUUAUUAUCAUUUAUUUAUAAAAAGUUCAAUAACAAAACCUAAUAUUCAUGUGUGCAUUGAUGGGUUCAAAUGUUUUCAUUUGAGCUCUCCUAAUAAAUAUCUAUAAAACAUCAUUUGUAAGAGCAGUGUGCUUCAUAAGGGUAAACUAUUACUAGUUCUAACAUGUUACUGAACUGGUUUAAUGUUGACUCCAACACAGUGCGUCUUUCAUUGGUUCACAAAGCCAGCUAGUGACAUAUGGGAUUAUAAACAGGACAUGCUGAUUCUAACAGUAUUGUUGUCGAGCAGCAGGCCUGGAUUUUAAAACGUAUCUUUAUCAGGAUUCAACAGGAGACAGUUGUUGACUUAAAGUAUAAAGUGUUUUUUAAAUGUUUCACAUUAAAUGAGGUUGCAAAUGAGAACUGUGUAUGAUUCUCCAGUGACUGUAACGGUAGAUUUAAUCAGAUUUUAAGCGUUUUUUCUCCUGUCCAAACUGGCCGUGAAGGUAUAACAUUUUAACAAUUGUUAUAUUGAUGCUUCAGCAGCCUGACUUACAGGUUAGGUUGAUAACGUUGUUUUUGUUUUGAAUUUCCUCUUUUUCUUCCUGUCUCCCCAGCUACUUAAGGAAAUACAGACAGAAAUAUAGUAAAUAGACUUCACUACAGGAAGCGUUUUUUACUGUCAAUUUAGAUUUCCUUUUUAAAUGAUGGUAUCUCUUGACCGUCAGCAUGGACAGCAGAAUCAAUUACGGCCCCAAAAGUGGUAUUAUAGAGACUUGAAUAAAAGGUGUAUCUAUCCUUUGAUACAAGUGUACAUUUCUACCAAAAUUUCAUCCAGAGAAUGACGUCAUUUUAGAGAAAGCUAAUUAAGCUUAAAUAAACAUUUUUUAAUUCACAUUUGAUGUUUACACCAUUGCCUUAGCACUUCAUUUAUGGAUUUAAAAAAGAAAAUUCCCCUCAUAUGCUUUUGGUGAACUUGAGCCCCCUCUGGUGUUCCCAAAAAGCUAAUGAACACCAAACCAGAGAAAAACAGCGCCAAUAUUUUUGUUUACCCGAGUGUACAUUAAGGUGCACUUUAAAAUUAAAUAUACAUUAUUUAACAAGAAAAAAAAUCAUUAGUUAGUUAGACUUACCAUUUGUGACAGAUCAGACCAUUUACGUUGUGAAGAUACUACAGCGCACAAGGGCCAUUGUAGAUUACAAUACAAUUAUAAAUACACACA